GUUUAAUUUAGUGCUGAGAAAUUUUAGGUUUUGUGUAGGCUUUGUAUUCUACUCUCACAAAAUUUACUUUUACAUAACUUUUCAGGAAGAAUCUUUAAAUUUUUGGUAGCGUUCCAAAAUCAUAUACAACUAAAUAAAAAGAGUUCGAGUACAAUAUACAAUAGGAGCAAAAUGUCGUUGAGACGUUCAAUGUCUAGCUCAACCUCGAGUGCUGCCGAAUGGCGCAAUUACUUCUUGAGCACUCACUUUUGGGGACCAAUUGCCAACUGGGGAAUCCCAGUAGCCGCCAUUGCGGAUACAUCUAAGCAUCCCAAAUUCAUCUCUGGCAGAAUGACCUUAGCUCUGACACUGUAUUCGUGUAUAUUCAUGCGCUUCGCGUAUAAAGUACAGCCCCGUAAUUGGCUGCUCUUUGCUUGCCACGCAACUAACGCUUCAGCGCAGGCCUACCAAGGCUUACGCUAUCUCAAGUACACGAACUCUCAGGAAUCAGCUGCGUAGGUUGUCUGCUAGCAACCUUUCACAGAAGCGCGCGAUGUGAUUUUAAAUAUUUGAACAAUGAUGACACCGACAAUGGCAAUUUAUCACAAACACGCAACUGACCGACCAACGUAAUGACUCCACCAAUCAAAGCCGCAUCGAAUUGGUUGGAUCUCAUUCAGCAAUGCAUCUGCCUUAUUGCUGAAGUGGGCUCCAUAACCUUUGAGUGUGCAUCGCGCGCUUAAAACUCUCCAGUUGAGAGUUCAUACACGGCUUUGGUUUUAGAUAUGAUGUAUAUGAGUUAAACAUUUAAAAUUUAAUGUGCAAUAGAAAAAUUAAUGUUUCGGUUUUACACAUGUAUUGAAUAAACAUAUUUUAGAAUUUGAACUAUGAGGCUAAUAAAAAUGAAAUUAUACCGUUUGG